CGUUCUCUCCGCCGGAGUAUUAUAGAUGUGGGACGGGAACGAUGGAAAGAUGGCGGCCGCAAUGGUGCAAAUGUCAUGUUUGUACCGGGGGAUGUUAGCGGUCAGGGCCACUGGCAUCAGGACGCUGAUCCCCGGGCUGGUCCCGGUCCAGUUCCGAGCCUUCUCGGUGCGGAAGGAGCCCGAGCUAGAGGAGAAUCCGUACUACAGCAAGUACCAGGACAAGAUCCAGAAACUGCGCAGUGCCAAACCGCAGGAGUACAAGACCCGACUGGAGAAAAGGCAUGAAGCCAAGAAGGAAGUGCUGGGACACUCGAAGCAGGCAGAGUUCGUCAGAUUUAUGGAGCAGGAGCUGGAAAAAGGGGACAAGACGGCAGCUGGUGACACAACAUCAGGAGGUUUUACAAAGAAUAAGACUUUGGGCUCCAUCCUCAACUUGGAGAUGAUCAAGGACAAGACAGGCGAGGAGAUUGCAGAGCUUUGGAUGAAGUAUUAUUCUACCAAGGAUACAGUCAGCGCCAUCAUCCCAACACAGAUCUAUGAGAUGAUUUUCAGCAGAUCACAGUCCUGCCCAAUGUUCCUUUACGCUUUGCCUCAGAAAGAGGGUUACGAGUUCUUUGUGGGUCAGUGGUCCCGACACGAGCUCCACUUCACCUCCCUCAUCAACGUCCAGACGCUGGGUGAGAAUGCUCCCAGUCAGCUGAUCCUAUACCACUACCCAGACCUGAAGGAGGAGAAGGGCAUCGUGCUCAUGACAGCAGAGAUGGAUCCCAAGUUCAUAACCGUUCAGCAGGCUCAGUGCUUGGCUAACCAGGUGCAGCUCUUCUACGGCACCCAGAGACGGGAGACUUACCGAUUGGUGGAGAUGUUUAACCAUCACCCUGCAGAAUUCAAGCACAUGUCAGUCAUAGCAGAGCUGGAGCAGAGCGGUUUGGGGCCUGCAAACCCUUCCACGGGUUCCUGAGAUGGACUGAAGUUGCCACCAGACAGCCUGCUGAGGAACUGUUGGUCUCCGUGUACAGUCGCAAAGAUAACCAAGCUUCUUUGCUCAGCACGCUCCAGUGGGAUAUAGCUUCUUCUUGCUCUGUGUGUGCAGUCUCCAGCAGCAGCUGUGAAUUACAGAAAAAAGAACUUAAAGAAGCACAAACAGCUUCUCUCAAUAUUUACUGCACAUCUUGUGUGUUGUCAGUUUGCCUCAAUGGGAAAACAAUGUUGAAGUGAGCACUUCUAUAAUAAAUAGUUCUCACUUUGUCUUGUUCUUCAUAUCAGACUGUGAUGUAAGCAGAAGAACAUUGUCCAUAGGAAUCCAAUUAAGCCCAUAUGAAAUGCAAUAAAUGUAAUAAAUCAUCUUCAAAACUGUAA